AUGCCUUCAAAUCCAAAUCCUACACCACCGACCCUACUAGCCCACCCCUCUAACUUACCUCGCUCGCCUGCUCAGCCACACCUCGAAGAGCCACCUGAACCACAAGAUGAACCACCCGAGCCCCACUACACUGAUGACCCGCCCUACGACGCUGAAGACCAGAUCCCCUACCCCGAACCCGGCUCCGAACAAACCCUUCUCCCGCCACCAAAUUUCAACCCUUUCUUCACACUGGUAGAGGAUACUACAACCGGCGAACACUACCAUCCAUACGUCCACUAUGUCUUCGCCGACGACGACCCCGUCAUAGUUACCGCGGCCGCAAUGCGCGGGUUAGGGUUAGACGACACACAAUAUCUCCCGCAGAACGCCCCCGAGGGCGAAGAAGGGCAAGACACUGGAGCGGAGGGCGAGGUUCAAGACACGGCCGUUGAAUCACCCCUUCCACCGCCGAUACCGGGGGCUAAGGAGAGGUUUUUGAUCGUGGAUGUUGGCGCCGAUGGUCACACCAUUCUGGAUGCACAGAGUCUGUCGGCGGAAUGGCAGGUUACGAAUUCGGGGGUGAGGUCUGCACCCAGCUUUGACGAGGAAGAUGCUGAGCAGGGGUAUAUGCUGAAGGUGGAGGGAGUAGAAAUACCGAGGAAGAAUAAAGGAAAGGGUAAAGGGGAGCCGGGGGAGGGAAAGUUGAAGGAGGCGAGGGACAGGGCGGGCGGAGAUGUGUUUGGGGCGUUGGAUGGGUUGGUCAGUGGGAUUGAGGGUAGUCUGGAAGUUGCGGGGAAGAUUGGGGGU